UGGGUUUUCUCCAAUUUGCCUUCACGAUUGUGAUUUUUCUCUUCUUCCUCCUUCCUAUCCUCAUUCCUUUUCUCCUUUGUGUCUUCGGAGGGCUGCAGUGCGGCUUGUCGCAUUGGAAUUGAGGUUUAUUGCCUGUCAAAAAACUUCUUCUCAGUCCAAUCCCAGCCUGCACCUCCUCGUUGAUCUUCGACUCUUCGCGCCUUGUCUCCGCGUAUUCCACUCAAUCAUAUUUUUAUCCUAAUCAUACCUCGUUUCAUCCCGAUAGAAGUCAUCAACUUGCAUCGUUCUUGUUCCUAUUCGUUCUAUUAGCGGCAUCUCUUCAUUAUGUUGUCUCGUGUUGCUCUUCGCAAAGAUGCCCUCGCUCGCGUGCGAGUUGCAGGCCGCUCGGUCUUGCCGUCGCCAGCAACUUUGAGGCUUCAUUCGCAUUCGACACGGCCUGUCUCUUUCACGAACACCUCUUCAGCAAUCUCACAAGAGCGUCCUCGCCGACACUCUCUAAGUUCUAAUCGGACCCUCGCCACCGCCGCAGACCAUGCCCCUGUUGGUCAGGACUCAUAUCUCCCAUUCGAAAAUUCUUCUUUCGACAGUGCCUCCUUGCCUGGCGAGUACUUCGACCAAAGACUGUCCCCUUUCUUCAAACCACUUCCCAGAGGAUUCGAUGCUACGUCUCUGAUCAUCAUGAAGGAUGCAUUGCAAACAAAACCCAAGGUGCAAAAAAAGGUCAAGGGCCUUGGGGGUGACCAGGACGAGAUGCUCGCCAAUUUGGACAUCUCACUUCGCGUCGGCCAGUUUGACAGAUCGGCUUCACUUCUCAAUCGCCUAAAGGACUGUUAUCCUCUCGGAUCAGCGGAGUAUCGCGCAUUGUGUAACCGCCACCUGAACGAAGUCGUUACGCACAUGAUCAAGAACAGGCAGUACGACUUAGUACUUGUCUGUCAGAAGUUCUUCGAAGUAGAUCUUCCUGGGAGCGAUAUACAACCGGAUGGUACCACUUACGCUAUCAUGAUCCGAAUGGCCCUGCACAUGUUCGAAGGUUCCAAGCGUGACCGGACAGUGCGCAGAUACUGGGAGAUAGCCAAGCAGCACUCAUGCGAGGAAGAACUAGUGACUUCCACUGUACUAUCAGAAUCGGACAUGGUGGAGCUCAUUCAGAUUUGUCCUUCCGACCUAAAGCGUGUGGCAAUGGUGGAUCAAAAGAAUGGCAUUGCCGGCGGUGAUAUUCCGGAGCCCGAGCUUCUCCCUCAGAUUAAGGCUACCAAGCAGACUGGUCUUGGUCUUUCAUCCCUUCAGCAAGCCCUCGGAAUCUUUGCCGACCCUUCCAAAGUCCCCAUUUCCUACAAUUCCGACGGUACACAGGAGGAACAGAUGCGUUUGCAUAACCAGGCUCGCCAGCGUCAGCUUGAACAAGAUUCCAUUGAUUCCGCGCUGGCGCGCUGGCGCGCCGAGCAAGAAACGAGGAGAGAAACUGGUUAUAGUGGUGCAGAGAAGCGCUUAGGUCCCCUGCUUGACCAGUGGGUCCGAGGACUGGAAGCCAGAAUCGAAGAAGAAUUGAAGCUUUUCGAGAACUUACUCCAAAAGGGCAACCCACGCAACGCCGCGGAAUUGGACCGCAUGGAGUACGGUAUUUAUCUACGUGCUCUGAAGUCGGAGCGCAUCGCAGCAAUCACGAUUCUGAGUAUCGUAGGGACUAUGAGUCGUUUGGGAGUCGAUCAAGGUGCGAAGUUGGCCGGACUGUGCCAUGGGAUCGGCGCGGAGUUCUAUGAUGAAGUCUUGGCAGAGAGGUCCCUGAAACACCUGAGUGACCGUGGAUAUAGUGCUCGGGGCUUGGAGCAGGUCCUUACGAUGCGCAAGACCUCGGAAGGCCGGGCACGUUGGUGGAACGUUCGCCGUCAACUUGAGGAAGAGGACACAUCUGUUACGUGGUCUGCCCGAGUGAAAGCAAAGGUUGGCGCCACUCUUAUGGGCUUUCUCUUCGACACCGCCAAGACUGCAGUGCCGGUAGUCAACCCUGAGACCCGAAAGAAGGAGUUCAUCAUGCAACCUGCAUUCCACCAUAACUAUCAGAUCCGUUGGGGAAGACGUGCUGGCUACAUUCAUUUACAUCCGUCCGUCGUCGAAAUCUUGCUCAAGGAGCCCCCCGUCGACAUGUUGAGUCGCCACCUGCCUAUGGUUUGCGAACCGAAGCCCUGGAAGGGCUUGGAUGACGGCGCUUAUUUUGUGUACAAAAGUUCGCUCAUUCGUUCGACCCCGGGCGAGACUCUCCAACCCGCGUAUGUGAAAGCUGCAUUGAAAAACAACGGGCUCGAAGAAAUCCGGGAAGGCUUGCGUAUCCUUGGUUCUACCGGAUGGGUCAUCAAUAAAGAAGUCUUCAAUGUCAUGGUUGAAGCGUGGAAUUCAGGUGAAGCCACGGCGAACCUUGCUGCCUUGGAUCCCAACUUCGAUACUCCCCCAAGACCGUCUCCCGAAGAAGGCUAUGAGGCUGAAAAGAAGUGGGAUAGGCUUAUCCAACUCAUGGAGAACCGCAAAGCUGGUAUCCACUCUCAACGUUGUUUCCAAAAUUUCCAAAUGGAAAUCGCCCGCGCUUAUCUCGACGAGACCUUUUAUCUUCCUCAUAACAUCGAUUUCCGGGGCCGUGCAUAUCCUCUUCCGCCUUAUCUCAACCAAAUGGGUGCUGACAAUGCCAGAGGCUUGCUGCUUUUCAGCGAAGCCAAGCCGCUUGGUCCGCAGGGUCUCAGGUGGUUGAAAAUCCAGCUCGCAAACUUGGCAGGGUACGAUAAGGCGAGUCUUGCCGAGCGCGAACAGUUCGUGAUGGAUCACAUGGACGACAUCUUGGACUCCGCCAACAACGGUCUCAAAGGUCGACGUUGGUGGCUCAAGGCAGAAGACCCUUGGCAGUGUCUGGCAGCUUGCAUCGAGCUAAGAAAUGCGCUCCGGCUGCCGGAUCCCAGCCAGUAUCUGUCGCGCUUGCCCGUUCACCAGGACGGGUCUUGCAACGGACUGCAGCAUUAUGCUGCUUUGGGUGGUGAUAAGGCUGGCGCCCAGCAAGUCAACCUCGAGCCUUCCGAUCGCCCAUCCGAUGUUUACACUGGUGUCGCGGAUUUCGUCAAGGCAUCAGUCGCCCGGGAAGCCAGCGAGGGUAACAAGACCGCUCAAUAUCUCAACGGACGGAUCACACGAAAGAUCGUCAAACAGACGGUCAUGACCAAUGUCUAUGGCGUCACAUUCAUGGGCGCGAUGAAACAAGUUCGCAAGCAGCUUGUCGAUCACUAUCCCGAUCUAAGCCUCGAGCAGAGGAGUGAAGGUGCUUUGUAUAUUGCGCGCAAGAUUUUUGAAGCCUUGGGUUCCAUGUUCAACGGUGCCCACGAGCUUCAGUACUGGUUCGGAGAUUGCGCCAGUCGUAUUACUAAGUCGAUGUCACCCACUCAGAUUGAAGAUCUUAUGACAGAAGCGAUGUCCAAGGAGAAUUCCGGCACUAUUGAUCCGUCCAAGAGAUUUCGCAACACCGUCAUUUGGACAACUCCCUUGGGACUGCCUGUGGUCCAGCCUUACCGCGUCCGCUCGUCCCGGCGUAUCAGCACCAGUCUGCAGCAUUUGAGCAUUGUUGAGGCCAACGCGGAUGACACUAUCUCGGCACGCAAACAACUUCAGGCAUUCCCCCCCAAUUUCAUUCACUCCCUUGAUGCUACACACAUGAUCCUCUCCGCUAUUGCUUGCAACCGUGCUGGCCUCUGUUUCUCGGCCGUUCAUGACUCCUUCUGGACCCACGCCUGCGACGUUGACAAGAUGAACGAGCUUCUUCGAGAGGCGUUUGUCCGCAUGCAUUCUGACGAUGUUGUGAAAAGACUCGAGGCGGAAUUCAAUGUUCGGUAUGGUGACCACCUCUUUUAUGGCCGAGUCCUCACCACUAGUAAAAUUGGUAAAGCCAUCACGAGCUGGCGCCGGUCUCAAAGUAAGCAGCUGAACACCAAGCUUGGUGAGCUGUUUACAGAAUACAAGCGACAGGGGUUCCUGAACUCCGAAGAUCCGGAGUUGCAGGCUCAGGGCCGUGAUAUAAUGACUCCGGCCAAGAUCUUCGAAGAGCUUGGCGGCACUGCCGACGAUAUUUGCGUCUCCUCCUCCCUGGGCGAGACGGUUGUUGGCCACAUCCCUGAAAACCCCGACGCCGCAGCUCGUCGGGCAACGGCAGGUUUGGAUGUGGAUGAGACGGAUCCCGCUCUCGAGUCCCUUUUCGGCUCCUUCGAGACCGAGCCAGACCUGCCGGCGGAUGAUGACAAGGAGAUCGAGAAGGCGGCGAAGUCGCAAGCUCGUUACGUGAAUUUCUGGCUUCCGAUGCAGUUCCGGGCAGUUCCCGCGAAGGGCAGUUGGGAUGUGCAGCGGAUCCGGGACAGUCAAUACUUCUUUUGCUGAGAGCUCUUGUCCCUUCUGAGUUGGUGUGUAUGAUUUCCUCUGAAGCCUUUUUUUUUGAUAUCCCUUGUAUAAUCAUGUUGUAUUUGUGUUUGAAUUCGUGAGAUGUCGUUCCUGCAUGGAGUUCUUUGGGGAGUGGCGCAUGGAUGACAUUCUGCGCCGUAUGUAUGUACAUGCAGCUCGGCAUUUAUUACCGACUUUUUCUUUUUUUCUUUUUUUUUUUUUUCUGUAUCCUAGAAAAGCGAUGACUACCACCGGAUGUGUACAUAAACAUAUAUUGUUAUAUUACGUUGAAAUG